UCUUUUUCUUUUUCUUCUUAUUGGCUUUGCUUGGCUCUUAAAGUAGUAUAGAUUAGAGAUAUAACAAGAACAAUCCUUAGUUUGUAAAUUUCUUUUGCGUAAAUAUAUAUAUAUAUAUAUAUAGCUUUUUUUUUCUGUCUGUCUAUCGACCUCUAUUUGAUAUCAUGGAGAGUACACGGUUCGUUGUACUGCGUGGCUCUGAAGCUUGUUAUUCUAUUGUCCGACAAAGGACAAAGGCUGGUCUAUGGUCUUCAGUCCGCUCAUUACACAAUAUUCGACAAGCAUCUCUUUCCAACCGAGAAACGCACUUCAUUCUCACCAACAACGAAAGUCUCAGACGGACUAGAACCCCUAGAUACACACUCUAUAAAAGAGAGCUGCGGCUCCAUGGUACUCACAACCAUAGUCAUGGUGGUGCACAUGAUCAUGUUCAUGUAGAUCUAGGAACAACUAUUCGAAAUUCUGGCAAACAAGGUGUGCGUAUCACAGUGAUUGGAAUGGCUGCCAACGUUGGAUUGACUGUUUCAAAAGGACUGGCUGGUUGGAUGAUGAAUUCGGCUUCGUUAUUAGCUGAUGCUGCCCACUCGUUUAGCGAUCUUCUUAGUGAUUUUGUGACUCUCUACACGUUCAAGAUGUCUCGAAAAGAACCGGACGCCAUUUACCCUUAUGGAUAUGGCAAGUACGAAACAGUAGGUACCUUGGCUGUGUCUUCGCUUUUGAUUGCGGGUGCAUUCGGAAUCGGAAUACAUUCUUUUGAGCUGUUGAUGGCAGCCUUGAAUGUGUCUGGGGUUGAUUUGGUAACUCAAGGUGCCUCGGUGGCCGCAACAGCUACAGCCGAGGCAAAUUCUGGCACUGAUAUAUUGUCUAACACCACCACUGCCAAUGCAAAUGUCAAUACAAGUACCAACACCAGUAGCUCCCUGAGCCAUGGUCAUAGUCACGGCCAUUUUUAUUCGAAUGACGGAGUUUUGGAUCCGAAUGCUGCAUGGUUUGCAUUGGCAAGUGUUAUAACCAAGGAGUGGUUGUACCGUGCAACUAUCAAGGUUGGUGAAAAAGAACGAAGUGAUGUGUUGGUCGCAAAUGCUUGGCAUCAUCGAUCCGAUGCAUAUUCCAGUGUGGUUGCUUUGGUUGCAAUUGGUGGUAGUUGGGCAGGUCUCCCUGUUCUGGAUCCACUUGGGGGUUUGUUAGUGGCCGGCAUGAUCUUUCAGAGCGGCGGGUCACUAAUGAGAUCCUCAUUGAGGGAAUUGACAGACAAGGGUAUUGGUCCAGCCGAGAUCACCGACAUAUUAUCGGCUAUCAACAAGGUCAAGGAACAAGAGCAAGAUCUUAUUGAUUUUCACUCCAUCAGAGGACGCAAGAUGGGCCCAUUCCAUCAUCUUGACCUUGUCCUGCAACUCAACCCUCAGUUAACCAUCUCCCAGGCCCAUCGCAUUGAACAACUCGUCCGUCACACAAUCAAGACGGAAUGCAAGCUUAUUCAGGAAGUUCUUGUUCAUCUUGACGCAGAAAAACAACCACCUCACCACUAAACACGACAUAACACAAGAUACACCACAUAUAUACACCACAUAUAUACAAUACAAUACAAUACAUUCACUCUCUUACUCACUCGUAUAUACACACCAAAAAUAUAAAAUAAAAAUAAAAUAAAAAUUAUACGU